AUGAUAUUCGAGAUUCUCAAAAAGUCCGUCGAGGGCGCGGCGGCUGCUCGUUUGGGUAGACUGGCCCUCCCUAAGAGGAAACCCAUCGAGACGCCGAAUUACAUCGCUACCGCCUCACGUGGUGUCAUUCCUCACAUCACUCCAGACAACCUCGCCAAGCAUGCUUCUUUCGGCGCAGCCUACAUGGCACUCGAGGACUUCAUCGAAAAGAAGAAGCCCGCGGCGCUGUCACUACCGUCUCCGGACAAGAGGCCGCUCCACAGCUUCACCUGCCUGCCAGAUAGCAUCGCCACGGUCCUCGCCGCGAGGCGGAACCCCGCCAUCAAGACCCCCGUCGGCAACGGCGCGAAGUUCAUCGCCAUCUUCACCUCCACCGGCUUCCGGAACCUCACCAUCGACGAGUACUUCUCCGCCGUCGAGACCCUCCGGCCCGACAUCGCCGUCGGCCCCGCCGACCUCUUCCACACGAGCUCCAUGCCGCCGUCUAAGAAACUCGUGCGCAUGGCCGAGCGCACCGAGGAGUGGACCGACGUCUUCCUGAACCCCAAGAGGCUCCAGGCCCUCCGCGCGGCCGGGGUCUCCGUCUUCGCGCCGGUCCUGGGAAUCCCGUAUCAGAUCCAGUGGGAGCACCUCAGCCACCUCGCUAAUGAUGUCGUCGAUUCGCUGUCGGGACUGGCCGUCUACGACGUCGAUUUGUUGCCCGAUAUCGAGGAGAACUACAAGCCUCUGGUGCCGCUGCCGCGGCUGUCCCUGCACAUACCCGAAACGCCGCAGGCUAUCCUCCGCCAGAUAUCCCUCGGAGUCGAUAUCUGCACCAUCCCUUUCCUCAACGCCAUAUCCGACGCCGGCGUGGCGCUGACAUUCACCUUCCCUCCGAAAGAGGGCGGAGUUCAGCCCCUGGGCGUAGACAUGUGGCUGCCGGAGCACGAGACUGCCCUCACGCCCCUGUCAGAAGGCUGCGGGUGUUACGCCUGCACGACGCACCACAGAGCCUUCGUCCACCACCUCCUCAACGCCAAGGAGAUGCUCGGCUGGACGCUGCUCCAGAUUCACAACCAGCAGGUCAUGUCUGACUUCUUUGCGGGUAUUCGGGCUGCUAUUCGGACGGGCCACGACGAGUUCGAGAGGGAAUCGGAGAGGUUCGCGGCGACGUACGAGGCGGAGCUGCCAAAGGGCACCGGGACGAGGCCGAGGGCGCGGGGAUACCACUUCAAGGGCGAGGCGAAUCCUAGCAAGAUUAACCCGUCCACGUGGCAGAACUUCAGCGAGGCCGGGUCUGAUGCCGGCGGUGACGCGGUUAUGCUCGAGGGUACAGCUGCGACAGGUGAGGGUAUCGAGACGCCCCUCGUGCCGGAGGAGGGCUCGUCUGAGCUUCAGGGGAAAGGCUUUGCUGAGAUCGCCGACGAGAAGUCAAGGCCUUAG